GCAUCACAUUCAGGCAAUCAUGGCAAUGGCGGCUUUCAAAAUGGAGGUUUGACAGUUUUUUCCACAAAAUUGUCAAACUGGUCAUCGGGAAGCUGAAAUGAUUCCUUGAAGAUCAUGGAUUUUCUUCGUAUGUUGCUUGAUAGGGCAAGAACAACUCAGGAUGAUGAAGACUCAAAGUAUAUGGAAUAUAUCCUACGUCAAGAUCUAAUGAAAUAUGGUAAAGAGGGAGAUGGCAUCACUGCAAUCAACGCAGGAUCUACCAGCAUCCCUCCAGAAAGUGGUCGUCAAGAUGAAUAUUUGGGAGAAGAAUCUUUAACAGGCAUUGCGGGUGUUGAGAAUGACAAUGCUCUGAAGAUUUAUCACAGAGGCGAUUCAAGCCCAACACCAUCCAGGGCAUACACAGCAGGUGUCCCAAGCACCGGGCUGGUAACGCAGAACGCACGUACAACUACGGUCCCAAGCACCGAAGCCUUACAUUCCGCAGCACCGAUGAAAGCACCGGAAGUGAAACCUGACGCCGGAGGGUCGAGUCAUGUGGUGCGCGUACCGAUUGCCAGUGCAAUCACCAUCUGCAUCGUUGUAGAGGUUCUUGUCUUUGUCUUUAUGCUCGUCUUUGUGAUCUUCCAAGCAAGGCGGGUCAUGAAACGCAGAGAAGACCAACAGGGGCUAAUCGAUGGCGAUGUGGAGAAAGCGAACAGAAGUGAGGAAUUCUCAUCCGGUGUUAGCUGCAGCACUUCGACGCCCAAUUCCCGCCGAGGGUCGGUCUAUCCAGGAUUGUGCAGCGCCAUCUCGGAAAACCUUCACUGUAUGUUGUCUCCCAUAGAUUCUCCAGGACAGACUAAGCGGUAUACCUUCUCUUGCUCGCCGUGUCCGUCAAUCGAUGUAAAGCCUUAUCAGAUUCAAGGCUGCUUGUCAGAGGAUAAACAGUGUAGCAGCAACUGGCUCGAUUUCUCACCAGAGUCGAAGAGGGCGCUUUACGCCAUGACAAGGUCGCGGUCCACCCCUGAACAUCUCGCCGCAGCCCGGUCAACGAUGAGCUCAUGCAGUGGCGGCACAAUAGAGACCAACAUUGGGAGGAUUGACACCGGGAUUUACAAGCGUGAGGAACUCGCGGCCAAGUUCGUGGGUAAAUGGAAACAGAUCAAGUCUAAAAAGGAAAGCAGCAAGCUGACCUUUAAGGUGACCUAUGAUUCGGAGAUUGAGCUUUUGACCGUAUUCAUCGACAGCGCCCUUAACCUUCCUGAUCGGGUGAAAGAUGGUUACGGGGAUAUUUUCGUGAAGCUUGCUCUCGAUCCCGACCACAAGCGGAGAUCAUUGAACUCGAGUAUUCGUCACGGUACUCGCAAUCCCGAGUUCAAACAGAACUUCGCUUUCCGGAUCGCAAGUGGUGCUGUCAGUGAGAUGUGUAUCAAGUUUACCGUCUGUGAAUACGACCAGUACUCCCAUCCCAUCGCAAUAGGUCGAGUCGACUACGCUCUAUCCGAACAUGACUUUAACCAGGGAGCUGACGCCAACGUCAUCCAACGUGAACUUGAUAAACCAGACAAGGAAGGGGUGGAAGCAACGACGGGGGAUCUUAUGAUUUCACUGACCUAUUUACCGAAUGCAGAGCGCGUCAACCUCAUCAUCAUGAAAGCACGGAACGUACGACUACCAGAGUGGGGAGACCAGGAAGUAGGACGAUCAAUUCUUGACACGUUCGUAAAGAUCACCAUCAUGCGAUGCGGCAAGGUCAUGAAACACAAGAACACCAAGGUAGUCCGACGCUCGUGCUCACCGGUUUUCAACGAAGCUUUCUCCAUCGACCGAAUGCGCCUCUCGGAAAUGCCCGAAUGCUGUUUCGUCCUCUCGGUCUGCGUUCGGCUCAAUCAUUUCCGAAGUCACCGUUCCCUUGGUCGAUGCGUCGUUGGCGGGAAGGACUGCGCCGUCGGUGACGGGUUGGCGCACUGGAACGAGAUGUCAGAUUCUCCACGUAGCAUUGUAGCCAGAUGGCACAAGAUUCAGCCCUAAUCCACAACUAAAUUUGGCCCUAUCUUUCUUAUACGUCUAGUAGAUUCUAGACCUAAUAGACCUACUUUGAACUUAUGGCAUUUAGAAUAUUUGCAUAUAAAAUUCAGAUCGAACGUUUAAUGAGUUUAAGAGCUUAAUUUUCUUAAUUAGGGGGGGGGGGGGGGGUCGACGCAUGAAAUAACAAUCUGUUACCAAUUUGUGCUCAAUCGUUUCCGCUUCAAAUAUCAUAUAUCAUUACAUUAGAUAAAUCAAAUGAAUUUAGUAUUGAUGAUAUUUUCCAGAUUUAAAACGCCAUUAAAAUGUUGACUGUCAAUAAAAUCCCUUUCUGGCUUCCAUACAAAGCGAAAUGAACAAGCUACCUGAGAAAUAUUAUAGUCAACUACUGGCAUGGAAAAUGGUACGCACUUGCCGGUACACUCAGGGGCUACGCCAAGCAAGGGGAUGGCGGGGGGGGGGGGGGGGGUGAGAAGGUCGCCUUGCACCUUCUAUCAUAUAUCCUUGCGUCGCCCCUAUGUGCAUUGCUUUAUAAACGUUUAAAUCCGUACAAAAGGAUCAUAAUCAUGCCUCGUAUUGACAUUCAGUGCUAUGCUCAUUAUUUUAUUAUAGGUUGAAAAUGUGCCCUCGCUUUCGCGAAUACAUGUAUUCGCCAUUAUUUUGGUAACUAUAUCAGUCAUUUGUUGAAUAAUAUUAAUAAUAAAAAACAUGUUCUUAGAUCAUGAAGAUAUUUAAUAAUUUAAUACUACUUUCUAAUGAUCAGAUUGAACUCAUAUGCUGACGUUGGGUACCAUAAAUAUAAUUUGCCUCCGAUCACAGAUUAUUGUUAGAUUUUGAUACUGAGGUUAUAGUAUAGAAAGUGCUAUACACUUACAAAUAUGAAUUAAAAUAUAUUUGAUAUGCCUGAA